AUAAAAUAUUUAAGCAAGCAAAGGUAAUAACCAAAACCUGCAUAACAUCUCAGGCUGUGUGUCAAUAGCUAUAAAUAUUAAAAAAUAAAGCACUAAUAAAAAACAAAAGAAAUCUGUAGGAUGUUGUAAAUGUUCCCUGUUUGAGAGAGCUUUCUUUUAUCAAUCAGAGGAAAUAUGACUGAGGUCUUCUUUAGACGGCCAUGCUGUAGUUAUGGAUCGAGUCUCAUCAUCUCGGGUUUCCUGCUGGCUUUCAACACUCACAACCUCCAGCUCUCCUGGAUUCACACACUCUAAAUAUAGCUGCCUUAAAGUCAGACGGGAUUGAAGGGGAGACUUAAAACUACUGCGAAGAAACUCGGAGACCCAACUGUUUUUAAGUAAACAUUUUCAGUGCUAUAAGGCGUUUUGGGCCUUUGUGAAAUACAUUGUUGAACUAAUGGACUGACAGUGUGGAUUAAAUGGUGGACUGGCUUGUUGAGAAGACCAUGGGAUUAAUCAGGGAUCAAAGGGCAUUAUGUCAGUAAUGCAAUCUUAAUCUCCACAGUUAUUUCUCCGCAGGUUUAAGUCAAGGAAAGCUCAAUAUUUGGUUCAGCCGCUGGUUUUAAGUUGCUCCAGCAGAAAUGACAUGCAACUUGUCUCUUUUAGUUGUCUUCAGUCUUUUCGUGUCUCAGUGCCAUGGUGGCUGUGCAGAGGUGGACUCUCUGACCGAAGCCGUGGCAGGAGAGAGAUUCCUGCUGGGCUGCAUCUCCUGUAAGAAAAGAGAGGAGGUGUCCGGCCGAGCCACUGUGGACUGGCACUUCAAACCGCUGGAGGAGGAGGAGUUCAGGCAUAUUUUCCACUAUGAACACCCCAGUGCUGACAUCCUCCAUGAAGAUUUCAGCCACCGCCUGGAGUGGCAUGGGACACAAAACGAAGAUAUUCAGAUAGGAUCCAUUUACAUUAAUGACGUCAUCUUCAAUGACACAGGGACGUACCGCUGCACCAUCCACCGCACCCUCUUCCUGCCACGGUAUGAUGAGCACGUCACUGUGGAGAAGGAGGUGGAGCUCAACGUGGUGGCUGUAGCCAAUCGGGAGCUGACAGCGGUGAUCUCAGAGAUCAUGAUGUACGUGCUGAUUGUAGUUCUGCAGCUGUGGCUCAUUUUGGUUCUGGUCUACUGUUACAAGAAGAUUUCGGAGGAGCAUGAAGCUCGGGAGGCCCGUAUAGCUCUCAAGGCUCAGGCACAGCUGUUAGAAUCAAAAGACAAUUGUGACGGGGUGCAGCUGGAGUAACAUUAAUGGUAAAAAGAUCAUCUCUGCAAGAGUAGUGCUUCAUUAACGUAUUAAAUGAGUGAAAGAUUUUUAAAGAGGCCUUAGAAGGAUUUUAAAAGCAAAUGGCAUUUAAUGUAAGGAAUCCAAUUAGUGAUUAUUUUUAUUUUAAGCUUAUAGAAUAAUAAAUUACCAAAGCUCAGAGUUAUGUUUUUACUUUUCGUGUGAUGUGUUUGAAAAUGAUGUGGCAGGUACUCUCCUGCAUCUAUUUGGAUGUUCAUGUGUGGACGGCAUGUCAAUGUCUGCUUGUUACAUGUAUCGUGUCUUUUCAAAAUACUUUAUAUAUGCAUAAAGUCUUUUUCAUAAUAAACUCAAA